AUGAUGUUAGGGGCCGUCCAAUUUGGAGUAUUGGCGGCCUGUAUAGUACUCUUUGUACCCAUGGGAAUGGCGGGUUGGCACUUGAGUCGCAACAAAAUGCUGUUUUUUAGCGGUGCCCUUUUCAUUACUCUUGCGGUAGGCGUUCAUCUAACCCCUUAUUUUCCUUCUUUUUCCGCUUUUAUUCCAUCAUCAUCGUCUUUGCCUUCAUCACCAACUGUUGUAGCUUCUUCUGUAAAUCGUGAUUCUUGCAUUUCCUCUUUACACGAAAUUGAAUUUCAUAAUCAAGAUUCUAGAAAUAAUGACAGUACUAGUGAAAAGAAGUCUUGGAAAUGGGUAGAUUCUAAUAAGGGUGUAGUGGAUUGUGAGUUUCAGAAGUUGAGUAAAUCUGAUGCUUCUGAUUUGUUAAACGGGUCGUGGGUCGUUGUUGCUGGUGAUUCACAGGCGAGGUUGAUGGUGGUUUCUUUGUUAGAAUUAUUAAUGGGAUUGGACGAGAUAGAAAGGGUUAGAGGGGAUUUGUUCAAGAGGCAUAGUGAUUACCACACCACUGUGGACGUGAUCGGGAUGAAGUUGGAUUUUAUCUGGGCGCCAUAUGUUAGUAACUUGACGGAUUUGAUGGUUGAAUUUAGGGAGAAAAGGUACCAUCCAGAUGUUUUUGUGAUUGGGUCAGGGUUGUGGGAUAUGUUACACGUGAAUAAUGCAACUGAUUAUGGUGUUUCAGUGAGCAGGUUGAAGGAUUCGUUGAUGCCACUUUUACCUGUUACUCCAGAAUUUGAAUUUGAGGAUAGGCCGGUAGUAGUUCGCUCACCUCUUAUGUUUUGGCUCGGGAUGCCAACAUUGAUAAACUCGAUUUUGAAUACAGAGGAGAAAAGAGCGAAGAUGACUGAUGCAAUGUGGUAUGCUUAUGAUGAGCAGAUUUACAAAAGUAAGCUAGUGCGGAAUUUUGGAGGACCUCUUUUCUUAUUGGAUAUUCACUAUUUGAGUAGCGGAUGUGGAAGGACAUGUACAGUAGAUGGGAUGCAUUAUGAUGGAAUUGUUUAUGAAGCUGCUGUACAUAUCAUGUUGAACGCGUUGCUCAUUGAGUCCCAACAGAGGUUGUCGUGA